UUUUUGACGCGUGGUUACUAAAUGUGACAUCAUGGCGCGAUUAUUGCUGGCAUUAUUUGUGGUCCUUAAUGUGACAUUAAAAUCAACGUUAACAUUAGUUUUAGAAACUCCUCGCAACGGAAAUGUGGGAAUCAGUGGUGGAGACAUCAUUCCCAUAGAAGCUGCUCCCUAUAUGGCUGCAUUGUUUUUGGAAAACGAACAAUGGUGUGGCGCCACGGUCAUCGAUGACCAGUUCGUGCUGACUGCGGCACAUUGUCUUAUGAGUAAUAAUACUGAGGAAUGGAAAAUUCUAGUUGGUUCAGACCAAUUAAACACAGAAGGAGUCUUCAUCGAUGUCGAGAAAAUUCUGUGCCACGAAAAAUAUGUGUUUCCCGAAGUGAAUCACGACAUCUGCUUGUUAAAACUAAAGGAAAAUAUACCAUUUGAGUGUUUUUGGAAUAUAGAGAAAAUCGCAUUACCAGAAAACAACCGCCCAAUCUAUGAAGGUGAAUUGGCAAGCGUCACUGGUUGGGGAGAGACUGGACUUGCAUGCCAAGUAUCACAUGAACUUCGUAAAGCACUGGUGCCAAUUGUGGCAAAUGAAUGCUGUCGUCGAGUCCAUCCCAAUGUGACGGAUGAUAUGAUCUGCGCUGGAGACAAACACCAUAACUUUUGUUUGGGAGAUGCCGGAGGGCCGCUGGUAAUAAGAAACAGGAGGAAUACGGCUAUACUUAUCGGCGUAGCAUCUCAGGACGCGGCAAGUUGCAGAACUUACCCCGGAGUAUACACGAGGGUCGCCAGUUACUUGUCUUGGAUCCAGAAUACCAUCCAAAGUAAUAAAUAGGACUUGAAAAUGUAUUGAGUAAUGAGCUACAAGUCCAAUUAAUUCGAUGCUCUUUGUUUUUCUUGGCGAAAAUAAUAAAAACAUUACGAUUAAAGGAGAGUUCUUUAUAUUU